GAGCGCAGGGCUCAGAUGCUGGGGUCCUAGGCAGGCUGAGACUCUGUCGUUCGGGUUGGACUUCUUACUAAAAGAACACCACCAGUGGACUAGAAUCGGACCAUCCGGUGCUAUGAAGCUACAAAAAUAUACUUACUGAUACUUCAUUUGAGCUUUUCUGACAUUAUUACUACCUCAAAGAACUCAAAGAAAAUCCCUGGCUGGAACAGUCUUUAGUUUAAAUAAAAGGAAUAGUUGAUCCCGCAUUUUCAGACAGAGGGAUGGUGCUGUAAUUGCGCAUCGAUUUUAUUUUUGUUGGGGGAAGAAAUACGCAUUUAAUAGAUGAAACAAUCUAGAUAACACUAGAGAUGUUUAUAAAUUCAAGACAAUUCACAUCUGUGAGAAGAAUGUCCCAUUUCAUCUCGUUUUCUUUUCAUAAUGGAAACACACAAAACAUUAUGAAAACCACUUUGUUUUCCCUUGGAAUCAAACUGUAACGUUUUCUUUAUGGAGUUUCAAAAUGACAUAUUCUAAUUUGAUGAACGAAAGCAAUGAUGGAAUAUAUUUUGAAAAAGCUCUCAACGAAUCUUUCCUGGGCCGAAUCUUAUUCACAGACAACAGCACCAACUCCACCAGCUGCACCAACAUCACCCUGGACCCCCAGGUCAUUGCGGUCGGGGUCUUUCUAUCCGUGUUCAUCUUGGUGGCUAUCGUUGGGAACAUUUUGGUUAUCCUCUCGGUGCUAUGCAAUAGACACUUACAGACCGUCACCAACUUCUUUAUAGUCAACCUGGCCAUAGCGGACUUGCUAUUGAGCAUUAUUGUGCUGCCUUUCUCCGCGUCUUUGGAAGUGCUGGGAUGCUGGGUGUUCGGCCGUGUCUUCUGCAACAUCUGGGCAGCGGUGGAUGUUCUCUGCUGCACCGCGUCCAUCCUCAGCCUCUGUAUCAUCUCCAUAGACAGGUACAUCGGGGUCAAACACUGCCUCAAAUACCCCACCAUCAUGACGGAGAAGAAAGCCGCUGUCAUUCUGGUCUUGGUCUGGGUCUCCUCCAUGGUCAUCUCCAUAGGACCGCUGCUGGGAUGGAAGGAACCGCCGCCGACCGACGACAGCGUCUGCAGCAUCACCGAGGAACCGGGCUAUGCCCUCUUCUCCUCGCUCUUUUCCUUCUACCUGCCGCUUAUGGUCAUCCUAGUGAUGUAUUUCAGGGUCUACGUGGUGGCCCGGAGGACUACAAAGAGUUUAGAAGCUGGGGUCAAACGGGAGAGAAAUAAGUCGAUAGAAGUGGUGCUGAGGAUUCACUGUCGGAGCAUGCUGGAGGAUACUUCCAAGAGUAAAAACCACCCGUUCCGGAGUUCGCUGUCCGUGCGCUUGAUGAAGUUCUCCCGGGAGAAGAAGGCUGCCAAAACCCUGGCGAUUGUCGUCGGGAUGUUCAUCCUGUGUUGGCUACCGUUUUUCUUUGUUUUACCACUGGGCUCCUUCUUCCCGGCACUGAAGCCAUCUGACAUGGUCUUUAAGGUCAUCUUCUGGCUGGGCUACUUCAACAGCUGCAUUAACCCUGUCAUCUACCCGUGCUCCAGCAAAGAGUUCCAGCGCGCCUUCACCAGCCUCCUCCGCUGCCAGUGCCACCGCCGCCGCCGAGUCCUGCGGCGUUUCUAUGACCAGCACUGGCGCACGGCUGUCAAGGGCCAUCACAACCAGGGUAUAGAUGGCAGGGAAAUGGGUACUAUGGGUAUUGGCAAUGCCAGUGUGACAGACUACCGGCCGGGGUACUCCAUCAACCAUGAGUCGUGCGGGAGCUCGCACUACUACAAGGGUACUCAAGGACGUUCACUGAGUUUUAAAGGGUGGAGCCUGUUCCCGCCACUACAGAAGUCAUCGUUCCAGCUCAAGGAGAAGAUGAACAAUCUGUCCAAUAAGAUUAAGGGAGGCGUCGCGACGCCCUCCCUUGCGAGGACAGAGAUUGACACGGUUUCCAUGGGGAUUUACAACGACGUCGCUGAGCAGAGCUGCUAUCAGAUCUAUGACAUCACAGAGUGCUACAGCCUGAAGGAGACAGACAUCUAGAUUCUAGAGGGACAGACAAAGGGAGUGGCGAAUGUGGAUGGCUACUGUCAUUUCAAUUGCUUCUUCAAUGACAUUUGCAGUGACGCUGCAAGUGAAAGCACGUGAUGGUUGCCAUUGGAGUAUCAACACAGGGAAUGACCAAUAUAAUUCACCUUAAAUCACCUAGUUGGGGUUUGCCGUUGCAAAGCAGAAAGAGGUAAGAGUCAAAAGGAAGUGCUCUUUUCUACUUGCACAAUGGAAUGGAAUGAGGAAAUUCCACAAAAUGUAAGAUCGGAACUUGGGGUUAUCAUGGGACCAUUUGACCAGCAAACAAACAAGACUGGAGGAACAUUUGUCUGCAGAGAGUUGUUUGGACAUCGAUCAAAGGCCUGAGUUCAUUUUGUCUGGAAAUGGCCCAAUUUGAUCCGAGCACAAAUUGCUCCAAAAUAUGAUAUCGAACCUUAAUGAUUGUAUUGCGUUUGUUUCAUUUUGUUGGAUGGCGAUUGAAGUGAAGUGGAAUGGAGCGUUAUUUAUUUGAGCUGCGUUAAAAAGAGAAGCGCAGAACAAUAAGUGGGUAUGGAAAAGGCACUUUCUGGACAAGUGGCAAGAUGUCAAACUGACUUCUCAUUGAUAGUGAUGGGCUGCUGAUGAUCCCAGCCUAUGUCCUUUGAGCAUUCUCACUCUCAAGUCCAAACAGCUCAACCCCUACAACCAGCAGCAACAUCGAGACACAAUGUCCCAACUCACAACUCCCAUUUUACCAUAACCUACUGACAAACACCCCUUUUCUAGGGUAUCAGCUCAUCCAGCUCAACUUAACACAAUGCAGCUGGGCAUAGACGCGUGUUCUCUUAGAGAAAGCACAUAUCACAAAGUGAAAGCCACUGACUUGAAUGACGAAAGCAUUGCACAGGAAAAUUUCGGGGCGAAGUGAGUAAACAUAGGGUAGUGUAUGAGUGAUUAUAAUUGCAUCUGAUUAUUUUGCUAAGUGAAUGAGUGAGGUGAGCUGUGAUGAACUGACAUUAGCAGACCUCUGUGAAAUUGCAUUAUAAAAGUGAUGGGUCACAUUCAGACUGGAAACAAUGUCCGGAGCAGUUGAAUGAGUAGCAUGGUGUAUUUACCUUAACUGCAAUCAGAGCCAGAGAGGAGAGAGGUCAGAGAGAGGAGAGGUCAUUUAUCUUUUGAAAAAGGACAAGGAUUUUGACAGAAUGAAAUCCUUGAACACGUUGAUUACAGUAUUUGUCUGUUCUUUGCCAAAAAUACGCUUUUCGUUUCGUUUGUAUUUGCUGAUGGUUCAAUGACGUCUGUCAAUGUUAAGCAAAAUAAAAUGGAUGUCAGUCCUGGA